UGAUUUUAUGAAUUUAUGUUUAAAACCUUUUUUGUCAGAUUGAGACUUCUGACGGCUUAACUGGAGACAGAGUGAGUGUAGUUUCUCAGGAGCAAUUUCAGAAGCUUAAACCCUCUAAACCUCAUACCAACCCUUCCUCACCUCCUGCAGCUCCUGUCCAGGAUAAUGCCAAGGAUACUGCUGGUGAUACUUCUUUCAGAAUACGAGGGGCAGGAUCACGGCGUGGUAAAGAUGCUGCUAGAUUCUACCCGGUUACUAAAGAUCCAAGAUCUCAGGAUGGUUCUGCAGUCCGUAAACGUAAAACUCGGCACUCAAGUAAUCCUCCCCUGGAGGAACAUGUUGGUUGGAUAAUGGAUAAACGGGCACACAGAGAGAGAUUAGAGAGCCUCAGUGAGAGCGUUGGAAGUGUAACAAGUAGUGGGGGCGGAACCCCCCAGUCCCUCCCUAACCUGCAGCACCCCUCUCACUCCCUUCUCAAGGAGAACGGGUUCACACAGCUCCAAUACACAAAAUAUCAUUCACGAUGUCUCAAGGAACGGAAAAAGCUUGGAAAUGACUCCCAAGAAAUGAACACUUUGUUCAGAUUCUGGUCUUUCUUCCUUCGUGAGAACUUCAAUAAGAAGAUGUACACUGAGUUCAGAAACUUGGCCUGGGAGGAUGCAGUUGCUGGAUACAGAUACGGUCUAGAGUGUCUUUUCAGAUUUUACAGCUACGGACUGGAAAAGAAAUUUCGUCCUGAACUUUACAGAGAUUUUCAAACAGAAACCAUAAAGGAUAGCGAGGCAGGUCAGCUCUAUGGAUUGGAAAAGUUCUGGGCCUUCAUGAAGUAUUAUCCCCAUGCGGAGGAACUUGAUGUUGAUUUUAAACUUCAAGCAAUGCUUCAACCUUUCAAAACUAUCGAGGAUUUCAAGGAUGACUCUUUGAGCUGUGGUAAGAGGUCAAGAAAUCCUAGUUCAACUUCCAGUUGUUCAAUACAAAUUGUCAACAACAGAAACAGAUCACGGUGUGCUAGCGAAGGAGAUCGUUGGAGUGAUGCCCGAGGCCGAGGUCGGGAUGUAUCCAGGGGAUCCUCGAGGUCAUCUUACAAGGGACGAGGCAGCGAGGACGGAACUCAGGGUCAGUUCAUCUACAGCUCAAGCUUCCAGGAUACGGGUGCAAAGGCGUAUUACGGAGGCCGGUAUUCUGGUCCUAGCAGUGGAACCUCUACAGUCCUCGGCAGAACCAACCCCUCCGGACCAAGGAAGCGUACAGUCUCCGCAAGUGAUAAAUUUGUGAGCGUAAAGGGACGCCGGUCCCGUCAGGUCAGCUCAAGUGAGACAAACAAGGAGGAAUAGAAUAAAUAUAACACAAUAGAACUGCUUCCCGUCGUGAAUACAGAGUGAACCAUUAUCCCCAACCAACGUAUGUAGAAAUAACGCUGAGAAUAGAGUUUGGUGAAAACUUAUAUCAAUGAUUUCAAUCUACCCAGGAAAAAUCCGAUGUUUGGUUUGUUGAAAGAAAAACAUCACAUUAAUAUUUGUACACAGAUCUUACCCCUCUCCAUAGUGUACACACAUUGAUUUUCCUGGGUAAACGUAUAUGAUUAAAUAUCUAAAAGUAACAUUUAAUUUAUUCUUUUUUUAAAGGAAUAUCUUCGAUUGCCAUGUUAAAAAUUAAAAUGAAUCAGUUAAAUAUUAUAUUUAGAUGUAUUGUUACCCUUCACCUCUACUGAAUUUCGUAUCGCCUAAAUGCAAUUAUUUUUCAGUUUUUACAAAUCCCCCUUUUCAUUUUUAAUUAAUUCCGAUUUAAACUGAUAAUCUGAUUUUUGUAGUUUUUUGAAGUCCCAUUCUCCAGUCUUCUAUGUAAUACCGUAAUAUCGUACUCCUCAUAAUUAAUAUUAGAAUAAGAAAAGCUGUACGCUGUACAGUGUACAGCGUACAGUAAAGUACGCCUGUGUUAAAUGCGUUCGUCUCAUAAUGUUGAUUUAACAGGGUGAACACUUAUAUUUUUAAGUCGCCUUUCCCCCCUGAACAGUUUUGAACGUAAUAUUUUCAAUUUGUUACUUAAUGUAUUUAUGCUACUUGUAAAGAAACCAGUUUUUUUGUCGAAUCGUCGACGUUAGGUUUUGCCGGCCAAGCGGCCGGCACGCCUUUUGUAAAUAGUGUGUUAAAUUUGGGAUAAGGAGGCGUUAAAUUCAUUCAGCCCCCAACUUGCUCCUAGUCUUGAGCUUCAGUUUUCAGGUUUAUCAUGUCGAAACAUAAAACUUUAAUAAUCACAAAAAUCAACAGUUCGAAUAUUGAAGAGGUUGGGUCAAGGUUGCUUCUGAUUUAAACUCUUUUCAAACUUGCUGUUGUUUAUUUUAUUCUGUUAAAAACAAAACUGUAAAUAUUUUCCCGCACAUUACUGUUCAAUUUUCAUCUUAUGACCUCGAUUGUUUAUGUUCAUAAUAUAUUUUUGAAUAAAAUUCUUUUUUUAACGAA